AUGCCAUCCCUCAAGCGUCGAGCAGACGCGAUAUCUCGCGACGGUGGCGGACACGAAUCCAAUUCCGACUCCGAUGCCUCUGCCUCUGCCUCCGCGACACAAACUCAACGACACCAACAACAGCGUCGUCGCCGAUCCUCCUCCUCUGCCUCAAGCACCUCGUCAACCACCUCCGAUCACCAAGCCCAAACCCAAACCCACACCCAAACCCAACACACCCUAAUCAAAAAGCUCGUCUGCCUCGCCCUCGCAACCGAGUACUCACGCACACCCCUCCGACGGUCCGACAUCUCGACCAAGAUCUUCAAAGACACCAAUAACACCGGCACCUCCUCCGCAGGCCGAUCCUUCCGCGCCGUAUUCGACGGCGCCCAAGAGAUCCUCAAGUCCACAUUCGGAAUGUAUCUCGUCGAACUUCCCACACGGGAGAAAACCACUCUCAAAGAUCGCCGGAAAGAAGCAACUCAACAGACACAGUCGUCAUCGUCAACAUCAUCAAAAUCCUGGAUUUUGGUUUCUAUCCUGCCUGAAGCACUAAAACAGAACCCGGCAAUUGCCCAACCUGCACGAGCACCCUCUGUCGAGACCGAAGCGUCCUAUACAGCAUUGUACACUUUUAUCCUCAGUCUGAUUUACUUGAACAACAAGUGUCUCACGGAACAGAAGUUGGAGCGGUAUCUGAAACGCGUGAACGCCGAUACGUAUACUCCGUUUGGAAGCCUUGAUAAGUUGCUCGCAAGGAUGAUCAGGGAGGGGUAUAUUGAUCGACGGAGGGAUACGAGUUCGGGUGAAGAGGUGGUCGAGUAUGUUCCUGGGCCGAGGGGGAAAGUUGAGGUUGGGACGGAUGGUGUAUUGGGGUUGGUUAGGAGUGUUUAUGGGUAUGGGGCUGUGGGAUUGGGAUCUACGAAUACCACGAGAGCUCGCGAUCAGAAUGGUGAUGAAGGUGGUGAGGGCGAGGCCAAUGGUUCCAGCCGAGUGACUAAAUUGGUCAAGAUGGAAGAGGAGGAACUUGAUGCUAGAUUGUCGCGCAGUCUGGGCAUCAAAAUUGGCAAGAUUGACAGAUCUCAUCAUCACCGCGGCGGAGAUGGGGACGAUGCGGAGGGUGGUGAAGAGGAUGACGACGACGGCAACCCGGGUCAAGAUGACUUGGGUGAGGAAGAGGAGUCCGCUCCUGCCGGACCCUCGAGGGCAAGAGUCCGGCAGAGCACGAGGAUUAGGCGGUGA